GACCGAUAAUCCACGCUAAUAGUCCAUACAUACCCUACCCUGUACGGGUGUUUUUCUGCUCGUUAUGUAAUUCUACUUCCUCUCUCUCUUUUGUUGUCAACCGGACAACCUGACGUCAUCACCAGCACCGAGGGGGGUGUGAGUGAGCAGCUCGCGGCGGCUGCUGCUUCAAGACCAGCAAAACGGACGAGAAACAAACCGCAGCGGUGCUUUAGCUUAGCUUGCCGCUCUCUGAAAAACAGGGCAGGUCUGAAUGUGUGAAGUUAAGGUAGUGCGCCUUCUGCACUGACUUGAGCCUUUUAAGAAACCCGUCCUGCUCACCAGGCACAACCAUGUCCGACGCUGCUAACACUACAGAAAACAACGGAGACUCUGGGCUAAACGGGUCCUGGGUGGAGUUGGAGAUGAACCGAGGCACAGUCGCAUCAGUCCAGUUGUCCUCCACAGACGGCCCGGCCCCAGGCCUGCUGCCCCUCCCUCAGGUGGAGGAAGAGGAAGCAGAAGCCAUGGUUGGGGGGCUGGAGCACGUUCCGUCAUCAUCCUCGAUCCACAACGGAGACAUGGAGAAGAUCCUGCUGGACGCCCAGCACGAAUCAAGCCGCAGCAACUCCUCCUGUGACAGCCCUCCGCGGCCCCACAGUCCCCAGGAUGACGGACAGAUCAUCUUUGACGUGGACGUGACUGGCAGAAGAGACAGUCAAUCAGAAGAAGAUGUCUUGGACAAGGAGAGGGACAUGGACAUCCUGAUGAAGGACGCAGAUUGGGUUGCUGACUGGUCUAGUCGACCGGAAAACAUUCCCCCCAAGGAGUUUCACUUCCGUCACCCUCGACGCUCUGUAACACUCAGCAUGAGGAAGACCGGGGCCAUGAAGAAAGGAGGCAUCUUCUCCGCAGAGUUCCUCAAAGUCUUCAUCCCCUCGCUGCUACUAUCACACGUCCUGGCUCUGGGGCUGGGAGUCUACAUUGGAAAGAGGUUGAUCACACCACCUGCCAGCUCUUUCUGAACCUGGAACUGAAGAAAAGUGCCUGAGAAAGUGUUGCUGUCAUGAGAAGAACGCCCUCCUCUCCUCCCUCUGUCCCGCCUGCCCCCCCCUCCUCGUCCCUGAGAUAUGACUUGUUCUCAGAUGAAAUGCAUCUACCUUUUCCUCUCUCUCCCCUCCUUCCCCCCCCUUUUUUUCUUGAUUGCUGUUCUCUGACUAUCUGUAGAUAUUCCCUCUCUCCCUCCUCAUAACCUUCACUCAUUUGUAUAAGCUUUUCAAAGGAUGAAUAAGGUCAUAUUUCCUGUUCCCCAGCGAUUGGGUUUGAUUGUUUAUUACGGGUGGGUUUUCAGGGAGGGUCACAGCAUCAAACCAAACUCUUCUACUUCAUACGUUAUCCCAGUGCCCUUUGAUCAUCUGAUAACGAGGGAGGGCUGUCCAGUUUUAGUUUAGUUUUAACUGACCACAGAUUGUGCCACCUACGUGAGUAGCCCAACACUCGAUCUCGAAAGAGUGCGACCAGAUUCAGAGUCAGCUACGCAAACUGAAAAAGUGUUCAUGCCUUUUUUGAAAGAAGCCAUUUUGUUUACUUUCCAUAGGCUACAUAGUUUAAAAAAUAUAUAUAAUUUUACAACAGCGGUGAUUAAGUAGUUUUGAUGAAAGGAGUUUCAAUAGUGGCCAUCAUGAAUUGCACCGGGGGAGUCUCUGGCUCUGUCUGCCAGACGAGGGAGAGAUUUAUGGGACAUUUCUUCACCUUUUCUGUGAUGAAAACGAGAAAUUAAAAUCAUUUGAAAUCUGCAUCUGAAUGAAUAUUUUUGCAAAGUUACAGUAACAGGAAACCAGGGUGUAGAAGUGUGUUGUGCGGGCAGGCAGUGUGGCCCUCUCAGUGUGUACACCAACAGUAUUUUGUGGUUCAGUCUUCUGUCCAUACGGUCUGUGUCGGCUGGUUUGGUCCUGACCUGUCAGUUCCCACUUUUAUUCCAGAUUGGGCUGGAUAUGACAUGGUACAUGGUGCUGAUUUGUUUCUAAUUUUUGUGGAUUUUAAGUGAUUCAAAAAGGUAUCAAAAAAGUGAGAUUUGAAUUAAAGAGAUAUAUUGACAUUUGUUAUUAGGAUGUCUGAGUAAUUUCAUUUGAAAAGUGUUAUAUGAAAGAUAAAUGUAAACUUUCAGAGUUGGUUGGUUGGCUUCAGAUAAUUGUUAUUAAAGGCCAUUUCUUAUGAGCAAAAAUGUCUAGAAAUACUUCCAUCAAGCUGCACAUGAAGGGAACUGAUUCCAGGGUCUGUCUUAGUUUGCGUUCACUUCAUGCGUAAACACAAGGACUUGGCUAGCAUGUUCAGUAACAUCUGCAACAUGUUUGAAAAGCCGAAUCAGACAUCUGCUUCACUGGAGUAUCUCUGAGGUUGGUCUGUGGUCAGUUUUGUCCCAAGUGGACCAGACCUGGUUCAAAUAAUAUUUCAUUUAGAAGUUCAGUUCUUAGUUUUUCUUCCACUAAUUGGCUUGUUGCGGACUACUUUGUUGACAGACGUACAGCUUUUCACCUGAGUUUAAAGAUAAAUAUUAUACUACCUUUUUAUUUUAUUUUUUUUACAUGAAACCUGUGGGGUGAGCUUUCUGACAGAAUCAGCCUGUUGCUCGAUGACCGACAAAAAUGGAUGUUGCUUUGUUGCCUUUUCAAAAAAAUGUUAAAUGAUUUUGUGACUACUGCAUUUCAGUGUGCAAUUUCACAGAGCAAGAAAAGCAUAGACACAAAACAAAGUAACUUCUUCGAGCUCUGACAUUUUUUGAAAAGCAUCGUAACAAGCGUAUGUGAAGUUUUAGUUUGUGGGUCUUUCAUCGACCCCACUAGAGGGCAUAGAUGUGAAAGUAUUUGGAAAAACUACUACUUUUUUUCUGCUUUUGACAGCUCCUUGAAGUAAAGGUAGAACAAGCCUCUCCAUGAAAUAGUUUUGCUACAUAUAUUAUAUGAUCCAGCAGGUCAACCUGUCUUUUUGCUUUACCUCUUAUGAUAGGCUCAUUAACUACCAGCAGUGACUGGGGUACUGUCUCCAUUUCAGCCACAGAGGUACUGCACACGACAUGCAUGUCUCUUGUGUUUUACGUGCAGCGUUUGGCUGCAAUAUUUUGGAUUGUUCUUUACUGUUUGUUUUGUUUUGAGUUGUCUGUUUUGUUUUUUUGUGAGUGGCAGUGGCAGUAAGGUUGUGAACGCACAAAGCGGGAGUCAAGUUUGACACGGUGUGUGAAGAUGAAACUCCCAUUGUUGAUGGCAGGGCCUGAUGUGAAUAGGAAAUGGAAGUGUGGCAAGAGAUUUCCCUCAGACUGCGGUGGUCUAACAGUAGUUAUUGUAAUGAUGCAUUUGCUUUGAUUUUUCUUUUUCCCACUACAUUGGAAAAAAAUGAUAAACAUUUUGUCAUUAAAGAUGACGUGAAUAAAACUUCA